GAAAAUGUGGCUCAGUUACCAUUGCUCUGAAGCCUGUAUGUGUUGACAAAGUGCUCUGCAAUCCUCCAAAUAGAUGAGGGGUCCUUUUUUUUUUUUUUUUUUUUUUUUAGUGAAGCCCAUUUUGCUGCUUUGACGAUCGCUUUAUAGUUAUUUUUGUGUGAUUGCUGCGCAUGUUUGUUUGCAGUGAUGACGAGCACAUGUUGAUCCAACACUACUGCCAGUCUCUGAACCAAGGCUCUCCCCUCAGCCAACCCCGCAGCCCGGCCCAGAUUCUCAUCUCCAUGGAAACAGAGGAGAAGGGAGAGUUGGAGCGGGUCCUCAAUGACCUGGAGCAGGAAAACAGGAAGCUGCAAGCCGAAUAUGACCGUCUGAAGAAGGCGCACGACAGGAAGGGUCUCUCGCCGCUGCCGUCGCCUCCGGAAAUGCUGCCAGUGUCGCCGCAGCGCGCGCGCGACGCCGAGCUCAUUGCCGAGGCCAAGCUGCUGCGGCAGCACAAGGGGCGCCUGGAAGCCCGGAUGCAGAUCCUCGAGGACCACAACAAACAGCUGGAGUCUCAACUGCAUCGACUGAGGCAGCUCCUGGAGCAGGUUCCUCACGCUCACGUCUCCCGCGGUCCUUUGACGUGCGGUCUCCGUGCUCGACUUCAAGGGGAAGUCACCCCCCACAAAUUUUCUUUGCAAGAUUAUGUUCGAUGCACCGUCGCUCGUCGAAACACUGUAUUCUGAUUCAUAUUGCGCUUGUGGAAUAUG